AUGGCGCUGACUGCUUGCUUCAGCUUGGGGUUGCUUCUUUGCCUGGCGACCGGGCCCUUCAUGAGCGGUGUUGACGCAGCCGAGUGCCCCAGGGGCUGGUUGUCCUCCAACGGCCAUUGCUAUGGCUACUUCCACCAGGAGCUGACCUGGAGGCAGGCACAGGCUUACUGCCAGCGCCACAAGGCCAACCUGGCCUCCAUUCUGGAUGCAGAUGAACACCAUGCCAUCGCGGACUUCCUGGUCCAGACCCAAUGGGACGAUGAGGACGUGUGGAUCGGGCUCUCCAUCCCCAUGAGGAGCCAGGGGUGGGUCUGGGCGGACAGCAGCCCCGUGUCCUACACAGCCUGGGACAGGUUCAAGCCCUCCCAUUUCGCGAAAAACGAGCAUUGCGCCAUGUUGGACGAGGAUUCAGGUUUCAUGGUGUGGGACAACGACUCCUGCAAUGACCGGAACGCCUUCAUCUGCAAGCUGUAA